UUCGCCUGAUAUAAUCAUAAUCAGUCGACGUUUACGAGUUCUCAGUCACACAAAACUUUCCGACAAGAUGUAUCUGUUAAAACUUUUCGGACUUUUAAGUAUAUUUGUUUACAGUUGUGCAUGUUACAAAUUUUUAGCUCUUUUCCAAACAUCUACUAAAAGUCACCACAUACUCGCAUCGAAAUUAUUUAAAGAGAUUGCAAAUAAAGGACAUGAAGUUACUUUUAUAACCCCUUUUGAGGAAAAAACGCCAACGAAAAAUUUAAAUGUCAUACCAGUCAAAAGUUUGCAAACAUUUUUUUGUGCCCGCCGAAACUCAAUGUUUGAAUUCGAAAGUGCAAAUCCAAUGGAAAAAGCGAAAUUUCUUUUCGAGAUAAGUUACAACUUCACUGAACAUUUAAUUCAAAGCAAAGAAGUCCAAACUUUGUUAAAAUCGAACGAAAAAUUUGACGGUGUGAUUAUUUAUCAAUACCUGAAUGAGGCCCUUCUCGGCGUCGCUCAUCAUUUCAAAGCACCGGUGAUUCUAUUCUCUUCAAUGCCACUCUACGCCCCUGAAAGUUUCCUUCUUUCACACCCAACUCCUCCCUCUUAUGUCCCCAAUAUUCUAGUUGAAUACACCGGUCGUAUGAAUUUCUGGCAGCGCCUGAGGAACACUUUCUACGACACUUCGAUGAUUGUAUACUAUCUUUGGAAUUAUCUUCCGAAACAUCGAGAACUCGUCCGAAAAUAUAUCCCAGGAGGUCCAGAUCUCUAUGAUUUUGUUAACAAUGCCAGCCUGAUUUUAAUCAAUUCGCAUGUUAGUGCUAAUGAAGCCAUUCCUCUGGUUCCAAAUGCGGUUGAAAUCGGGGGUUUCCACAUUGAAGAGCCUAAAGCGUUACCCCAAGACUUGCAGAAAUUUUUAGAUGAUUCCAAGAAUGGUGUAAUACUUUUUUCGAUGGGUUCGAUUGUCCAGAGUGCACAAUUCCCUGCAGAAAAACGGAAAGCGCUUAUAACAACUUUCUCGAAAUUGAAGGAAAAUGUUUUGUGGAAAUGGGAAGAAGAUGAUUUUGCUGGGUUACCAAAAAAUGUUAAAGUAAUGAAGUGGUUACCCCAAUCGGACGUUCUUGCCCACCCUAACGUGAAAGCUUUUAUUAGCCAUGGAGGUUUAUUAAGUACCAUGGAAAGUGUAUACCAUGCUGUCCCAAUUGUGGGAAUUCCUGUAAUGGCCGACCAAAAAAUGAACAUACAGUUGGCAGUUUCAUACGGGUAUGCUGUCGCAGUUCCUUAUCAGGAAUUAAGUGAAGAAACUUUGACAGAAGCUUUGAAUCAAGUACUAACUAAUCCUACGUCCCGGAAUAACAUUAGAAAAAGGUCAUUUGUAAUGAAAGACCGACCGAUUAAACCUUUAGAUAACGCUCUUUACUGGAUUGAAUACGUUAUCCGGCACGAGGGUGCGCCACAUCUCAGAUAUCCCGGAAUGGAUUUAAUGUGGUAUCAAAGGAAUCUGCUCGAUAUUGUCGGAUUUGUUUUGGCUGUGAUUUUUUCUGUGGUUUUUACUAUAAUAAAAAUUUGCAAAGUAUUGCUCAAAGGAAAAUCUAAAGCCAAAACCGUCAGCAAAAAGAAGAAAAAUAAUUAAUUGUGUAAAAAUAUUAAUAAAAAGAAAAUGAAAA